CGCGGGGUUGUAGACGCCCCCUGGACCCCCCAUUCCACGGUGCUGCACAAAGCUCCGCUGCCGCCUGGUCCUUCCUUUUCCCGCCGCGCUGCGGACCGUGUGCGGCCCCGCCCCCGCGGCCCUCGCGCCGCCUCGCCGGGCCGGCCUCUUUCCCCGCUCGGAGCCGCGCGUGAGGACUGCUGAGGCCGCAGGAGUGGUUAGAAAAACAAUGCAUGUAAGUCUUUGACAUCAUGAUGUACAUCCGGCAAAGAAAAGAGAUAAAAACCACCACCGAGGUUUCUGAGGAUUUUCCGGCACAAGAAGAAAAUGGGAAGUUGGAAAAUAAAUUGCCAUCUGGUUGUACCAACACAAGAUUUUGGAAGAUCCUAUCAUUUACAGUUGGUGGAACCACUGCCCUUGGUAUUGGACUUCUUACAUCGGUCUACCUUGCCACCUUACAUGAGAAUGACUUAUGGUUUUCUAACAUUAAGGAAGUGGAGCGAGAAAUCUCAUUCAGAACAGAAUGUGGAUUGUAUUACUCCUACUACAAGCAGAUGCUGCAGGCUCCAACCCUCAUGCAAGGUUUUCAUGGCUUAAUAUAUGAUAAUAAAACGGAAUCUAUGAAGACAAUUAACCUCCUUCAGCGAAUGAAUAUUUACCAAGAAGUUUUCCUCAGUAUUUUAUAUAGAGCUCUACCCAUACAGAAAUAUUUAGAACCAGUUUAUUUUUAUAUUUAUACCUUAUUUGGGCUCCAAGCAGUCUAUGUCACAGCUCUUUAUAUAACCAGCUGGCUCCUUAGUGGUACCUGGCUAUCGGGACUGUUAGCAGCUUUCUGGUAUGUCACAAAUAGAAUAGAUACCACAAGAGUUGAAUUUACCAUCCCACUGAGGGAGAACUGGGCACUACCAUUCUUUGCAAUCCAGAUAGCAGCAAUUACAUAUUUCCUGAGACCAAACUUACAGUCUCUUUCUGAAAGGCUGACACUUCUUGCCAUUUUCAUAUCAACUUUUCUCUUUAGUCUGACAUGGCAAUUUAAUCAAUUUAUGAUGCUGAUGCAAGCUUUCGUGCUAUUUAUACUGGACUCCUUGGACAUGCUGCCAGCUAUGAAGGCAACAUGGCUUUAUAGUAUACAGAUAACGGGCUUGCUCCUGGUCUGCAUUCUUCAGUUUUUCAAUUCCAUGAUUCUUGGAUCAUUGCUUAUCAGCUUCAACCUUUCAGUAUUAAUUGCAAGAAAACUUCAGAAAAACCUGAAAUCUGGAAACCUCCUUAACAGGAUCAGGAAACUUUUGUUACAUUUGUUUGUAGUUUUCUGUUUGACACUUUUUCUCAACAAUAUUAUUAAGAAAAUUCUUAAUCUGAAGUCAGAUGAACACAUAUUUAACUUUCUAAAGGCAAAAUUUGGAUUUGGAGCAACAAGGGAUUUCGAUGCAAAUCUGUAUCUGUGUGAAGAAGCUUUUGGCCUCCUGCCUUUUAAUACAUUUGCAAGGCUUUCAGAUACUCUGCUCUUUUAUGCUUACAUAUUUGUUCUGUCCAUCACAGUGAUUGCAGCAUUGGUUGUUGUAUUUCAUAAUCUCAGUGAUUCUACAACUGAACAGUCCAUGGGUAAAAUGGGAAAUUGCACAGUUGACCUGAAACCAGGAACUGCUUACAACUUAAUGCACUCCAUUCUGUUUGGAUUCUUGGCACUGAGUACAAUGAGAAUGAAGUACCUCUGGAUAUCACACAUGUGUGUGUUUGCAUCAUUUGGUCUGUGCAGUCGUGAAGUAUGGGAGUUACUUCUAAAGUUGCUCCAUCUUUAUAACCCAAAGAGGAUAUGUGUAAUGCGAUAUUCGGUACCAAUAUUAAUACUGCUGUAUCUGUGCUAUAAGUUCUGGCCAGGAAUGAUGGAUGAACUCUCCGAGUUGAGAGAAUUCUAUGACCCAGAUACAGUGGAGCUGAUGAACUGGAUUAACUCUAACACCCCAAGAAAGGCAGUGUUUGCAGGAAGCAUGCAGCUGCUGGCCGGAGUCAAGCUGUGCACGGGAAGGACCUUAACCAACCACCCACACUACGAAGACAACAGCCUGAGGGAGCGGACCAAAGCGGUUUAUCAGAUAUAUGCAAAGAGAUCCCCAGAGGAAGUGCAUGCCCUCCUGAAGUCCUUCGGCACUGACUAUGUGAUCCUGGAAGACAGCAUCUGCUACGAGCGCAGGCAUCACCGGGGCUGCCGGCUGAGGGACCUGUUGGAUGUUGCCAAUGGACACAUGAUGGAUGGCCCAGGAGAGAAUGAUCCUGACUUGAAGCCUGCAGACCACCCUCGCUUCUGUGAAGAGAUCAAAAGAAACCUGCCUCCCUACAUGGCACACUUUACCAGGGUGUUUCAAAACAAGACCUUUCACGUCUACAAGCUGUCCAGGAACAAGUAGUAGACAUUCCUGCCCUUCUGUGUUUUGGACACAGUGAAACUGCAUUGUCAGGGAAGUUGUUAGCUGAUGAUUCUGGGGUGAGUGGGUCUCUGGUACCCAAAAGCUGUGACGUGCAGACAUCCUGCAGCUGUUUACACGAGUGGCACCAUCUUCCACAAGCUGAAGUCUUUUUUGUCUUGUCUUUUAUCUUUCAUAUGUUCUAUUGUUCAUUAGACUAAAUGUUCACAACUUCCUAAGAUUCACCUAGAAUUUGGCUGUUGAGUCAAAUCGUAUGUGUUCCGGGAUGACCCGGACAUACCAAGCUGAGGAAGAGAGCCUGAUCGGGAUCAGAAAUACUUUAGAUUUUCAGUUAACUUACAAGGCAGCUCUGGUUAAGUGGAAUAGAAAGGAUGCAUAUUUAAAUUAUUUAAUAUUAUUUCACUAGUGAAGACCAAUUGGUGGCUUUUUAAAAAAGCUCUUUGUUGUCCUUUUUCAUCUUACAAUUUUAUAAUGUUUUCCAAUUUUCCUGGUUUUAACAUGAACAACAACAAAAAAAUCAUGUUAGGUCUUUGUAUGUAUCUUAAAAAUCACGUUGCACUGUCUCAUACAUUAUAUAUCCAGUAGACUGUGUGGUACAUUGACAGUAUUUUAAUCUAGGCACAGAAAAAGUGUUACAAGUUCUGUAUGGUUCAGUCCUCAAAAGUCUAUGUAGCCAAGUAGAAUUUGUUACUUUUUAGUCUUAUUAUUUUUUAAAAACCUACUGAUAUUCUUUAAUCUCUCAUGCAAGUAAAAUAGUUUGCUUCAUUUUUUACUCAUUUCAAUUUACUGGGUUUGCAAAAUUUUGUAAACUUUUUGUGUUUUUAGCCUUUGUAUUUUUUACAGCCUAGAUCCUUGCAAAGUCUGAAUAUUUUUUAAACGUGUAUCUUGACUAGUUCACUAAUGCAGUAUUUUUGGCAGACAGCAUUUUCAUACCAAGUUUGACUUUGGUCUCCAAUCUUACACUGUGGGCCCUGGUAAUGUUACUCUUUUCCUCACUGAGAGGUAACCAAGUGCCUCUAAGUCAUGCUUAUUUGUAACAACGAAGAAGAUUAUACAUAACUGCUCAGAAUUUUUGAUAAUUGCUUUUAUAAUUCAUUUCUAAUGAUUAGGGACAUGUAAAAGUUGCUGAUAAAAGCAUAUUGUCCAUUUAAUUAAAUCAAGCUGGCUAAUGAAAUUAACUUUCUCCCCUGUUCUUGCCAGUUGGAAAUGAUUUAAAUGUUUCUCCUUGCAGUUGUAUUGAAGUAAAUUGCCAUCACCAUCAAGAUGGAUAACAUCACAUGUUCGAAUGAUUUUGUGUUCAGUUACUCCUUAUUAAGCAGCAUUCAAAACCAUUUUUACACUGUCUUGUUGGACACAAGGAUAUUUGGCUUAAACCAAAACUUAUUUAAAUAAAAAAUUGGCAGUAGCUGGGUUAUUAAAUUAUGCAACUGAAACUCCUGAAUUAUAUCUUUCCUGUAUUCCUUAAUAAGGUUGGAGACCACUGCAGUUUAGGAUAAUACAAUAAUAAAACAUUUUAAUCAGUACUGAAACUUUAAUUAAGCCAGUAAUGAUGCAUGCCUGUUGUAGCUGACAGCAUGGGUCAGUACAUCCUUCGGCGGUGCCUUACUCUAAUUGAAACCAAGCACAUGUAAGGUACAAUAUGUUGACACUAUGUGAUUUUGUUUUUUACAAACUCUGUUACUUUUCCAGCCCUAUUUAAAUUUACUUUAAAUAUCUCUCUGUGUAUUCUAAGUAUUUGGAGUCUCAGUAUACAAGGAAUAGGUACUUAAAUUUGUAUGCUCGUCAUUGCCAUAUUAAUGGCAUACACUGAAUUUUUUUCAUAGUGACACUGUUGCCAAAACAUUUAGUGUUCAGUCUUUAGUGAAAAAUAUAAAGUGCCAAAACAAUAUUGCAAGACAGAAUCCAUAUGUACACUCUUUCCAAGACACUGUGACCAUGCACAAUAGAAGUUUUUAUUUCCUGAUGACCAAAUUUCCCAACAAAUCAUGUUAGAUAUUUUUAGCUCUUGUCAGGCUUCUUGUUUAUGACCUUCUUGUUGGAGCACACAGGAGGAAAUGAAGAGCAUCUGGUCUGGCUGUGGCUUCCAGCCUCUCUGCAAGCCAAAGCAAGAGCUCUGUGCCCUAAACUCCCCACCACACAAGGCUAGUGGGCUGUUUCAUGUUUGGUAAUAACCUCAAAUUGUGUCCCUCUCUUUAUGGAUAAAAACACCAUCUCAUUUUGCUCCUGGGUGAGCAGUCAAAAGAACCUGUAAGUGCAGCAAAACCGCUUAUAAUUGGCUCCACUUGGGACUCCCCAGAGCACUUAAGUCCCUAUCCCUCCAGUGGGCUCCCUGCCCAAGCCCCACACAGCAGGCAGAGGGCACAGCCAGGCGGCUGCUUGCACCCUCUCAGUGCUCUUGCUCCCUGAUUCCACUGGCUACUGGUACCAGAGUUUCACUGCGAGUCCUUUUAUUGUAAGUGCACACAGUCAACUGUGUAUAAACCUAGGAAAUGUAAGUAUAAAAAGAAAUAUUUCUGCAAAAAUUAAGCUGAAUGUUUUGAUAAGAUUUGAUAAAUGCUGAAUCGCUAAUAAAAAUUGCUUUUCAAUUUAUCACUGAUGCCCGGGGAUUUAGCUCAGUGGUUUCGCCGCCUGCUACACAAGCUCAAGGACCCGAGUUGGAUCCCUGGUACCAAAAAAAAAAAGAAUUUAUCAUUGAUUAGGAAAAUUUUAAAAUAUCAGGGAAAAGAUAAAAAACAAAAUUUAUCUAGGUACUCAUUCCAUCUUUAAAAUGCCUAAACCAAUAGGAAGGUGUUAAAAUGUACCCAGAUCAUGUUGUUAGUGUGAUUUAUGCAAGAAGUAGAACUGCAAUCACUGGAUUGUUAUGCAAAGGAAAGUCCUUGGCUUCACAUCAAAAUAUUAGAAAGUGGGCCAGGGAUUUAGCUCAGUGGCACUGCACCUGCCUUGCUAGCACAAGGUCCUCAGCUCUAUCCCCAGUAGUGGGGGGAACUCUUUUCUUGCCAGGGAUGUGGCUGAGUGGUGCUGCGCCUGCCUGGCAAAUGUAAGGUCCUGAGUUCCAUCCCCACUACCGAAAAAAAAAAAUAGAAAAUGAAGCGUUAGGGGUGUAGCUCAGUGGUAGAGCACUUGCCUAAUGUGUGCAAGGCAGGAAAAAAAAUAUACAUAUAGUAUGCUUCCCUAUUUUAACCUGCCUGCCGGGGAUUUAGCUCAGUGGUUCCAGUGCCUGCCUCACAAGCGCAAGGUCCUGAGUUCGAUCCCGGUACCAAAAAAAAAAAAAAAAAAACAACUUUGCCUAUUUUAACCUACUUAAUUAAAUGACCGUCUACUGGUAAUAAUCACAAUAAAAAUUCUACCCAAGUUGAAAGAUCCCCAUCACAUUUAUUACAGGCUUUUACAGAAUAACAAUUCAUUUCAGAUGUAUUAGUCAGGAGGUUAGUUAAUAAGGAGUGAUCUAGGCCAUUUGCUAUCUCUUAAAGAUGAUUUUCCUGACCUGUGUGAGAUCAGUUCAGCUUAGUAAAUUUGUGUGUGUGUGUGUGUGUGUUGGGUAGGUGCUGCUAGGGACAAGGACAUGUAUAGAUAUUUCAUUUGGUCUGCAUCUUUAUUUCACAAUUAACUGAAAAUAAAAAUAAAAAUGUGUAUACCGAUUCCACAUUUAUUUUAACUUUGGCUCAUCCUUGACCAAAAUUUACCUGAAGUAACACAGAAAUAUUUAAUUAUAAAAAUUUAAUUCAGACCUUGGCAUUAAUAGGAAGAUAUUAAAAGUUUCCUCAGAUCAUGUAUUUUGGUUAACGUGCCCCCAGAUAUUUUAUACAUGACAACCUUUUAGCCUAGGAGAGAGUGUUUGUUCUUGGAAAAAAAGCUUUUAAGAUGAGAGUGUGGCUCACUUUCUUGUGGUAGUUGAGGUUCUGUUUUUAAACUCCUAAAAUCACAAAGAGCUUUUAUAAUUUGUUGUAUGGAAUUGUAUGGAGAUUAUAUACUAAAUAAAGCUCUUUUAGAUUACACAAAA